ACUCGGUGUCACGACGGGAGGAGACUCAGGCCGGCCACGCUCCCGCCCCCGACCCCCCUCCCCGGCUCGCUGCCGAGCUCCGAGCCCCCUCCCCAGCGCUCCCAGCCGCGGGGCCGCCGGCCCAGACUCGCACCAAACUUUUCCGCCCUGGGCUCGGGAUCCUGGACUCCCGGGGCCUCCCUGCCGAACCCCUUUCCCCAGUUCCACCUCGAGCUUCUCUUUGGACGAAGAGCGAGCAGCCCCCCUUCCCCGGGUCCCUCCUUUCUCUCCAGCCUUUUUGGGGAGGGGCUCUCCACGCUCGGGGGAGUUCCCUGGGGUCGCCAGCGCCUGUCUCGUCUAUUUCGCCUUCACCUGGAUAUAAUUUCCAAGCGAAACUGCCCCCAGGAUGACCACACUGGCCGGAGCUGUGCCCAGGAUGAUGCGGCCGGGCCCGGGGCAGAACUACCCGCGCAGCGGGUUCCCGCUGGAAGUGUCCACUCCCCUCGGUCAGGGCCGGGUCAACCAGCUCGGAGGUGUUUUUAUCAACGGCAGGCCACUACCCAACCACAUCCGCCACAAGAUCGUGGAGAUGGCCCACCAUGGCAUACGGCCCUGCGUCAUCUCCCGCCAGCUGCGUGUAUCCCACGGCUGCGUCUCUAAGAUCCUAUGCAGGUAUCAGGAGACCGGCUCCAUCCGCCCUGGCGCCAUUGGUGGCAGCAAGCCCAAGCAGGUGACAACGCCUGACGUGGAGAAGAAAAUAGAGGAAUACAAAAGAGAGAACCCCGGCAUGUUCAGCUGGGAAAUUCGAGACAAAUUACUCAAGGACGCGGUCUGUGAUCGAAACACCGUACCCUCAGUGAGUUCCAUCAGCCGCAUCCUGAGGAGUAAAUUCGGGAAAGGCGAAGAGGAGGAGGCCGACCUGGAGAGGAAGGAGGCAGAGGAGAGUGAGAAGAAAGCCAAACACAGCAUCGACGGCAUCCUGAGCGAGCGAGCCUCGGCCCCCCAAUCAGAUGAAGGCUCUGACAUCGACUCUGAACCAGACUUGCCCCUCAAGAGGAAACAGCGCCGGAGCCGCACCACCUUCACAGCCGAACAGCUUGAAGAGCUGGAGCGGGCUUUUGAGAGAACCCACUAUCCUGACAUUUACACCAGGGAGGAACUGGCCCAGAGGGCAAAGCUUACGGAGGCCCGAGUACAGGUCUGGUUUAGCAACCGCCGUGCAAGAUGGAGGAAGCAGGCUGGGGCCAAUCAACUGAUGGCUUUCAACCAUCUCAUUCCGGGGGGAUUCCCUCCCACAGCCAUGCCGACCCUGCCAACGUACCAGCUGUCGGAGACCUCUUACCAGCCCACAGCUAUUCCACAAGCCGUGUCGGACCCCAGCAGCACCGUCCACAGACCUCAGCCGCUUCCUCCGAGCACUGUACACCAAAGCACUCUUCCUUCCAACCCGGACAGCAGCUCGGCCUACUGCCUUCCCAGCACCAGGCAUGGAUUUUCCAGCUAUACAGACAGCUUCGUGCCUCCAUCCGGGCCCUCCAACCCCAUGAACCCCGCCAUUGGCAAUGGCCUUUCACCUCAGGUAAUGGGACUUCUGACCAACCACGGCGGGGUACCCCAUCAACCCCAGACUGACUACGCGCUCUCGCCUCUCACUGGGGGCCUGGAACCUACCACCACGGUGUCGGCCAGCUGCAGUCAGAGACUAGACCAUAUGAAGAGCUUGGACAGUCUGCCGACCUCUCAGUCUUAUUGUCCACCCACCUAUAGCACCACGGGCUACAGUAUGGACCCUGUCACGGGCUAUCAAUAUGGGCAGUAUGGACAAAGUGCCUUUCAUUAUCUCAAGCCAGAUAUCGCAUAAGUGAACUGUCCACUUGGAGUGUAAACUGGCCCUGUUUCCGGUCUCCACAGCCUAGACAUGAAGAAUCUUCUCAGAAAAAAAAAAAAAAAAUUACCCUCUUGGGGGGUCAGUCUCGACAGGAGACAAAGGAGAAUGAUUGAUUUUCUUUCUCCAGUAGUUGGUUUCAAAUUCUUUUGAACGUGUCGAACAAAAGCAGUGGAGAAAAGGAAGAUCCGGAACAAUAAAAGACAAAUGCAACAUUUUAAGGCAA